AUGGCGAGUAUGCGAGAUGCAAUGAAGCGACUGGAGAUAAUCUAUACAGAGUGUGCUCCAGAAGCCAUUGAAGAAAAGAACACAGACGCCAGCUUGGACGAGUUCAGCCGUAUUCGAAAAAAGCUGCAUGCUGAUGUCAAGUCUGUUCGUCAGGCACUCAAAGAACGACAAGAUGUGAUGCGUGGAGGUUGCACAACAACUGAAUCGGCAGAGGCUUCGUACAAAAUUCGUGUGAUGAUCAAAACAUUAAAAGAGCAGACUGCACGCAUGCAAGAAAUCGUGGACAAGGAAGGUCGAAAGAAACGACCCAAGGAUCCAGCGUUGGUUGCAGAGCAUAAAGAGAUUUUGGAACUAUGCAAACAACACGUUGAUGAAUGUGAGAAUUUGGAGAAACGAAGACAAGCGGAUGGAUAUGCAGCUGAUCGAAUCGAGCUAUUUAGUGGAGGUGGAAAUAAUACAAAUGGAGGUGAUGGUGUUUCUGGUGCAGGCCAUGGUGAUAACGACGAUCACAAUGACCCUUUUACCCAUUCAGAUCUUCCAGACAUUGAUGUAGAGGAAGACUUGAAGGCCAUUAAAAAUAGAAACAAGGAUAUUAAUCAAGAUCUUGAAAACAUUGGUGUUGGUGUGGCCAAAUUAAAGGAGAUUGCCCUAGAUAUGGGACAGGAGCUUGAAAAUCAAAAUCAAAACCUGGAUAACCUUGAUCACAAGGUGGAAGGUGCUUUAGACCAUGUCGACAAUAUCAACAUUACAAUGAAAAAAACACUAGAUGGAGUUAUGAAAGGGGACAAGUUUAUGGUCAAUUGUAUUUUACUCUGUGUCGUUUUGGCGCUAGUUGCAUUCAUUUCUACUCAAUUUAUGCACUGA